CGCGCCGGGCGGGAGGCAGCGCUGAGGGGGCCGCGCCCCGCCACCGCCACCGCCACCGGGCCGCGGCCGCCGCCGCCACCGCCCCCCCCACCCCCCAGCCCCGCUGCGCCACGGGCCGGCGGACACCGAUCGCCGCCGCACAAAGGAACCGGAGGACCCGCGGUGUGAUGCCCCCGGGGGUCGCCGCGCCGCCUGAGCCCAUCUGCGCCGGGUUUAUUUUAUUUUAAUUUUUUUUUUCCUUUUUUCCCCCCGCCCCCCGGAUAUUUUUCCUCCCCGCCCCGGGGGCAGAGCGCCGGGAGCGCCGCACGCUGGCCGCGCACGGGGCGGGGCGGGCCGCCGGCGGGGCGCGGGGCCGGGCGGGCGCCGCCGCUGCUGCUGCGCGGCCCGGGGGGGGCGGCCCGGCGAGCCCCGCACCGCAGCGGCCGGAGCCGGCCCGGAUCCAGCUCUGACGGACACAGGCCAGCAGCGGGGGUGGCGCUGCCCGCCCAGAGGCCCGGACCAUGCUGGCCUGCCUGCAGAGGACCCAGAACCCCCCAGCCCAGCACCUCGCCUGCCCCAACAAGGCGCUGGAGCCACGCAAGUGUGAGACAGCAGCACCCAUGCAUUCCCCGCGCUACCCCAGCCCCGCCGAGCUGGACGCCUACGCACAGAAGGUGGCCAACAGCCCGCUGACCAUCAAGAUCUUCCCCACCAACAUCAGGGUCCCCCAGCACAAGCACCUUAACCGGACGGUCAAUGGCUACGACACCACGGGGCAGCGCUACAGCCCCUACCCCCUGCAUGCCAGCGGCUACCAGGGUCUCCUGGCCAUUGUCAAAGCCUCCGGUAAAAGCGUGGUGAAGAACUCGGAGGGGAAGCGGACUAAGCUGUCACCCGCCCAGGUCGGCGUCGCUCCCUACCCUGCGUCAAGCACUUUAGCUCAAGGUCCCUCCUGCGCCGGGCAGCUGAGCUACCACGGCGCCCAGAAGCAGCUGGAGGGUCCCGUGCCCCCCAACGUGACGGUGGCAGCCUCUGUGCUGCCGCUGGCGGGCAGGAGCCUGGCCCUGCCGCCGUCCAACCUGCCCUCCAUCCAGAGCAUCAUCUACCAGAUCAAUCAGCAGUGCCAGGCGCAGGGUGCCCAGCCGGGCUGCCCGGCCGUCGUGGCCACCAACCCCAGCCCGGCCAAGCACGGCGCCUUCCCCGGUGCCGCCGCGUAUACCGGCGCUGUCCUGCCGGAGUGCCGCAAGGGUGCCGAGCUGGCGCUGGGCUCCAACCCAGCUGUGGCCCUGGGACCCAAGGCGGGCGUCUACCCUGAGGGCAUGGACUACCUGGUCUGGCAGCAGAAGCAGCAGCAGCAACACCUGCGAAUGUACAGCGGGGGCAGCGGCGGCGGGGGGGCCCUCAGCAAGUCCCCUGAGACGUGCGCGGGUGCCUCACGCCCUUACGCCCUGGGCAGCGCGGCCGAGAAAGUGAGCUCGUCCCCCUUGAACUGCAUGCAUGGCAACUUCUCGGUGGGGCAGUACUUCGCCCCUCCCUGGAACAGCAUCUUGGUGACCCCCAACAGCGACUGUUACAACCCACCGGAGCUGGGGGCCGGGCCCCGCGAGCUGGGAGUGCCCCCCACUGAGGGGCUCCCCAGCAAGACGCUCUGCAAUACCUCCAUCCUCAGCAGCAGCCUCCAGUCCCUGGAGUAUCUCAUCAAUGACAUCCACCCACCCUGCAUCAAGGAGCAGAUGCUGGGCAAGGGCUACGAGACCGUCUCUGUGCCAAGGCUCUUGGACCACCAGCAUGCCCACAUCCGCCUGCCCGUCUACAGAUAAGGAACCGAUGCUGCUUUUUCCCAAACCCAGGGCGAGGACUUUGGCACGAGCCGUGCUCCCCUCCGGCACCGUGCGGGUACCGGACCGUGGCAGCGAGGGCAGGGGGGACAGGGAGGGGGACGUGGGGUCGGCUGCCAAAAGGGCUCCCGGGACACUGGCAUUUCACUGGGGUCCCCAGACUGGAUACACCCGCAACCCGCUGGAAGCUGAGGACGAAGGACCGCUUGUCUAUAUAGCUCAGAAAUCAUUUUAUCUCCACGAAUGUGAACAGGGAAUCGCUAUGAGUUGCUGCUAUCCAGGGAGAGGAGGCUCCGCUCUGUGCGCCUGCGGGCGCCCGGCUGGAUCCGUGCAGGGCAGAGCCCCGUGCCGCGGCCGGCUGGGAGGCUCACCGGCAGCUGGUGCCAGCCCGGCAGCCGGCCGGCGCAGCGGCCGCAGGGAGCUUGCGCCUGACCUGUAGCUGAAGUCCGUAACUUGCACUGCUUUGAUUAAAGCUAAUAAUUGGGGACAGUCUGGAGGCUAUUUAAGAAAAACACUUGAAAACUUGAACAGAUUUUUUUUUUAUUAUUUUUUUGGUUUUUUAGUUGACUAGGCUGUACAUCUACGUGUUGGCUGCUACAGAGUCUCCUCCCGCCCCUCUUCCUCAUCCUCCUCUCACCUGGCCCCGCGUUGGCCACCAGCUCCUAUUCCCACUCAACCGGGAGGUUUGGAGCCCCCAUGCUGGGUGCCCAGCGGGACCCCCCGGCCCCUCUCCCACCCCGCAGCACCCUGGGAACCUGCCCGGGUCUUACAUUUCCAGGCUGGUUCCCACCCCUUACUGUCAGUUCUACCUUGCUUCUGGGUUAGAGGCGACCACGGUACCAGGGGCACUCACAUACCUCCUUUUCUCUCUCUUUUUUUUUUUUAAAAAAAAAAAGUUCAAAAAUGCUCAUUAUGGUCCGUUAUUCACUAUGUGUAAUUAUGUGUUUAACAGAUUUAUUCAUUUAAAAAAGGCUUCGCACCACAAAAUACAAAGUGUUCUGAUGUUUAAAGGAAAAAAAAAAGAAAAAUACCCUGAUGAAACCCAAGGUGAUUGUGCUCAGAAGAGAGGUACUGUAUCCCUGAAAGGCCUGUUCAAGCACUAAGUGCAUUUACAAAUCUCUGAGAAUGUUUUUUUUUAUACUAAAAUUGACCAUUAUAUUCUACUGUGAGAAGUGCUGGCUGCACUAUAUUGUUUUAAAAAUGAGAGAAAACAAAUGAAAAAAAAAAACCAACACAAAACCCGCAA